AUGUCUCUCUCUCUCUCUCCCUCUUUGUUUGUCUCUUUGUUUUACGUCCACUUCUUCAAUUCGUUUCUUCUUUCACUUUCCCUUUUUUUUUUCGUAAAAAAAUUGUGUCCCUUCCGUUUAACCACGCAAUUUUCUGUUGUGUUUCACUGCAUUGCAUUCACAUUUGACGGGGUUAGCCGGAAGGGAAGUGAAACACACAAGAAAACAAAAGAAAAAGGUAAAGUAAAACAGAAAAAAAGAGUAAAGGGAAGUUAUUUAUUUAUUUUUAUUUUAUCUUCUGUUCGUAUUUGUCGUCCGCGCGACAUUCGGCGUUUGUUUUUGUGUGCGCGGUUUUGGCUGUUAGUUUCAUAUCCAGUCGGAUCCGUUCAGUGGCGUGGCUGUGCGAAAAAGUUUAAGGAGGAGGAGGAGGAGGAGGGGAAGGAAAAAGAAGAAAAGAAAAAUAAAAGAAGCAAGAACAAAAACAAAAAAGAAAAAGAAGAGGAAAGAAAAGGGGAAAGGGGCGCGGCUCAUCUGCACUUUUACUCCAUUGCAUUCGCCCUUUAA